UCAUAAAACAACUUUGGUAAACAUGUUGAUUCUGUUAGUUGCAAUAUGUAUAAUUUUCCUUGCUGUAUGUUUUGUGUUUAUUGUCACGAGGGCUGUUUAUGACAGAAGGAAAUCCACAGUUUCAGUACUUGCUGUAAUGGGUUCAGGAGGACAUACAAAAGAAAUGCUGAGUCUACUGUCAGGUUUGGGUACUCAUUAUCAUCCCAGAUAUUAUGUCAUUGCCAACACUGACACCAUGAGUCAACAGAAAGUGAAACAGUUCGAAAAACAAAGAAAUACCACUGAGAAAAAUAAAUCAGAAUAUUCAAUAAUCCUGAUUCCCAGAAGCAGAGAAGUUGCACAGUCUUGGACAAGCACGGUCUUAUCAACAUUAAUUGCAUUGUGGAAGUCAUUUCCUGCAGUCUUCCAAAGUAAUCCUGACCUUAUACUCUGUAAUGGUCCAGGCACGUGUGUACCAGUAUGUCUGGUAGGAAUAAUAUUAAAGAUAGUCAGAAUGGGUAAACCUAGGAUAGUUUAUGUGGAAAGUAUAUGUCGAGUUGAAACUCUUUCUUUGUCAGCCUGGAUGCUUUAUUACUUGGUGGAUGAGAUGUUAGUUCAAUGGCCUUCUCUACAGACCAAAUUUCCUAGAACACAUUAUAUAGGAAAGCUUGUUUGAUAGAUGAUGCUUAUCAUCAAAGAGGAGUACAAUAUUUUCUGCAAGUGUAAAUGAAACAUUGAAAGAUGUUUGAUGCAUGUGUAAAACAGUGACUUGUGAAUGUAAAAUAUAAUUCAAGCUUUUUGACUUUCAAGGAUACACAAUUCUUUGUGAAUAAUACUCAGCUAUGACUCAUGCUUAUUGUCAGUGCUACAUAUUACUUCAUUCAUUUCAUUAAAAGUGAAUUCAUAUGUA